AUGAUGGGAAAGAUAUACUCACGAGCACAGAAAGUCCUAGUCUGGCUCGGUCGGUCAACUCCACUCAUCGCCGAACUUCUCCAUGACAUGCACAGCCUGAAGAUUGACGAAAAUCUCAAAUUGGUUUGGAAGGCAAUUGAUGAUCAUGAGUGGGAGCAUAAGCGAUUAGGCCUGGAAGAGCUAUGCAAAAUCGAGUAUUGGGAGCGACUCUGGGUCGUGCAGGAGUACCUACUGGCAAAAGGUGUGGAUAUGUGGUGCGGCACGGAUUCAGUCGAUCCACAAAAGAUUAAAUGGCUGGUGUAUGUGGUAUUCAAGACUCCUCAUCUCGCAGAGAGUUGCACCAUGCAACUAUUGCAGGGAAGAAAAGUGCGAAACGUACGUGCCGAACAGCUCUCCCUCAAACGACACCUCGACGAAUUCGGUAUAAAAAUGAAGUGCGCUGAUGUGCGAGAUCGCGCGUACGGACUUCUCGCUCUGAUCAACGAGAAAGAGCGUGAGAAACUCAACAUUAGGCCAAAUUAUACACUCUCUCCAUUGGACCUGCUUCGGGAACUGAUGUAUGCAUUGAGCCAUUCAGGAUCUUAUAGUCCAGAUGAGCUCUUGGGCUACGUUGACACACUGCGUCUAGCGCUAGGCUUAACCUCGAUUCCAGAGGAUCCCAUAUGGUCGGUCCUGAGAGAUCAGCUUCUUUACAUCAAGUGGGUCGUUCGGAGAAAUCAAUCCACCUGA